UUGUCACAACACAAAACACAUAAGCACUACACAACAAUUUUCUUACUACUCUUGCCAAUGCUUUUUAUGGCCACCAUGCGAAAAACCAAGGCCAACCAUGGAAACCCAUUUCCCUCUUCGCGCUCUGCAACGGUUCAACUCAUCCGUCGAGGUUCUUAUAAGUUGAAAUUGCAGUGCUCUUAAGUCUCUGCAAAUGAUGGGAUGGUUUCUUGACCAUCUCUUUGAGUUUGAGUUGAAGUUGAAGAUGAGAUUCCUUUGGCCUCAUAAUUUGUUGUGGUAGCUUGAAUUUGAAACCAGUCAAGGCAAGAAGGUGGCUCAUUACAUAUUGAGAAGCAGAGUAGACAUCCAGAAAGUUCCCUGAGAAAAGGAUCAUAUUGUCGUCAUGAGCAAGCAGCAAGAGGGCACUAUCGCAAGUGAGAAGCUGGUUGAAACAUCAGCAUUUAUGGAAUCACAUCUAAAUGGAAAGGACCAGUUCUGCUCAAUCUCGUCUUCUGCAGAUACAAACCUUCGAUUUCAAUGCCCUGUCUGUUUGGGAGGCAAUGGCAGUUGCCGGACUGUCGUUGCAAGGACAAAAUUGAUGAAUGCUUUAAUUGAAAGGGGCAAGCCUCGAGAAGCCCAUUCUAUUUUCAAAGCCUUAACAGAAGAAGGACACAGGCCGACUCUUCUAACAUACACAGUUCUUGUAGCUGCCUUGACUCGGCAGAAGCGUUUCAAGUCCAUUCUUGUGCUCAUCUCAAAAGUGGAAGAAAAUGGCUUGAAGCCUGAUGCAAUUCUCUUCAAUGCUAUGAUCAAUGCUUUCUCUGAAUCCCGAAAUGUGGAUCAAGCCAUGAAAAUCUUUCAGAAAAUGAGGGAGAGUGGUUGUAAGCCUACAACCAGCACCUUUAAUACCCUUAUUAAAGGAUUUGGAAAUUCUGGUAAACCUGAAGACUCUCUGAGAUUACUAGAGUUAAUGGCAGAAGAAAAUGUGAAACCGAAUGAUAGGACAUACAAUAUUUUGGUCAGAGCAUGGUGUAACAAGGACAAUAUGGAGGAAGCAUGGAAAGUGGUAUACAAGAUGGCGGCAUCUGGUGUGCAACCUGAUGUUGUGACGUACAACACCUUAGCAAGAGCAUAUGCACAAAACGGGGUGACAAUUAAGGCCGAGGAUAUGAUAACGGAGAUGCAGUUCAACAAAGUGGCACCUAAUGAGCGGACUUGUGGCAUCAUUGUGUGUGGUUAUUGUAAGGAAGGUAAUAUGACAGAGGCCUUGAGGUUUGUGUGCAGGAUGAAGGAACUUUGUGUGCAUCCAAAUCUUGUUGUUUUCAACACUCUUAUCAAAGGAUUUCUGGACAUUGGUGAUAGCGAUGGAGUUGAUGAGGCAUUGUCAUUGAUGGAUGAAUAUGGAGUCAAGCCAGAUGUAAUAACAUUUAGUACCAUUAUGGAUGCAUGGAGCUCGGCAGGACUAAUGGACAAAUGCCAGGAAAUCUUUAAUGACAUUGAGAAAGCAGGUAUAGAUCCUGAUAUCCACGCAUUUAGCAUUCUGGCAAAAGGCUAUGUGCGUGCUAGACAACCAGGGAAAGCUGAGUCGGUCUUGACUUCAAUGCACAAAUCUGGUGUUCAUCCAAAUGUUGUGAUCUGCACCACCAUAAUCAGUGGAUGGUGCAGCGCAGGUAAAAUGGAGCGUGCGAUGAGGGUUUAUGAGAAAAUGUACCAAAUUGGCGUUUCCCCCAACUUGAGAACUUACGAGACCUUGAUAUGGGGAUAUGGAGAAGCGAGACAGCCAAGAAAAGCAGAAGAAUUGCUGGAUAUUAUGGAAACAGAAGGCAUUGUUCCUAACAAGAACACCAUGCAGCUUGUUGCAGAUGCAUGGCAUGCCAUUGGUUUAACGAGGGAAGGCAAGAGAAUUCCAAGUAAUGGGGAACAAGAUCCGGAAGUCGAACUAGAUGAGAAUAAAGAUGAGGUAACCAUGAAAUCCAUGGGGAGGAUGAAUGAGAAAAAAAAUCUUAGUGCUGCUUAUGUUAAUGUUUUGCAGAUUCCUGGAACAGUUGGUGUCAGCCAAAAUGGGGCAUCUGCAACAAAUAUAAGAAUCCAAAUGGUUCUGAAGUGCUAUAGCAUUUCGUCUGAAACUGUGUGUACUACUGCUAAACCAAUGUCUCCUAUUCGGAUGUGUGUGCUCCAGGCAAGGCCGCCGACAAUGUGCCGGAAACACUUUCAAGGUCAGGGAAGCAUAUCUGGGCAGUUUGUGAACUCAUAUAGAAUGAUAUUCAUAAGUUGACAGGAAGAAUAGGCGACCGAAGUGAUCACGUCUCAACCUGCUUCAUUAUGAUGCAGAAGAUGGUGAAUUGUAACAGCUUCAUGGAGUCCACAAGUUAUUUGCUACAAACUUUAAUUUCAAUUCCAGAAAUAUACAUCUGAAUCUGGUGAAAAUUACCUCA